UUCAUCUCUUCAUCCUUAUCUCAUCAAGUCUGAACUAAAAACCCUCCAUUUUGGAAAUUAAAGAAAAAAAUAAAUAAAUAAAAAGAGAGAGAAAAAAACGUUUUUGUGCUGCUUCUCUUCUACUUGCGUUUCCUCAAAAAGGUUCGAAGAGAAGAGAACGAGAACCAGCUUUGCUUUCCUCACAAGACUAAUCUAAGCGAUUGCCUUUUUGAUUAUUUCACAAAUCGAUUUCAGUCUUCGGAUCAAUGGCGUCUGGAUCGUCGGGUCGGGUCAACUCGGGAUCCAAGGGAUUCGAUUUUGGGUCCGAUGAUAUCCUCUGCUCUUACGACGACUACACCAACCAGGACUCCUCUAAUGGUUCCAACUCCGAUCCUGCGAUCGCUGCUGCCAACUCAAAUAAGGAAUUCCACAAGACGAGGAUGGCUAGGACUUCUGUUUUCCCUACGAGCUCUUACAGUCCACCGGAGGACUCUUUGAGCCAAGACCUUACCGCCACCGUGGAGAGAACCAUGAAGAAGUAUGCGGAUAACAUGAUGCGCUUUCUCGAAGGCAUCAGCUCGCGCUUGUCCCAGCUAGAACUCUACUGCUACAACCUUGACAAGACUAUUGGAGAAAUGAGAUCUGAUUUGACUCGUGAUAACGAGGAGGCUGAUGUGAAGCUUAGAUCUCUCGACAAACAUCUUCAAGAGGUGCAUAGGUCAGUCCAGAUUCUCAGAGACAAGCAAGAGCUAGCAGAUACUCAGAAAGAGCUGGCGAGGCUUCAACUUGUGCAGAAAGAUUCAUCUUCCUCGUCUCAACAUGGCGAGGAGCGGGUCGCGACUCCUGUUCCAGAGCCUAAGAAGAGCGAGAACACCUCAGAUGCACACAACCAGCAGCUUGCACUGGCUUUGCCUCACCAAAUAGCGCCACAGCCACCAGCGCCACAGCCACAGCAGUAUUACAUGCCUCCUCCUAGUACACAGCUUCAAAACACACCUGCACCAGCGCCCGUUCCUGCUCCACCAUCACAGCCUCAAGCACCACCAGCGCAGGGUCAGUUCAUGCCCCCACCUCCUGCUCCAUCUCACCCAAGCCCAGCACAAACUCAGUCAUUCCCGCAGUACCAACAAAACUGGCCUCCACAGACACAGGUCAGGCCACAGUCCAGUGGAGCCUACUCUACAUACUCGCCUGCACCACCAAGCAGCCAACCCCCUGUAGAAUCGUUGCCGAGCAGCAUGCAAAUGCAAUCACCGUACGCUGGAUCUCCUCAACAGUCAAUGCAAGCUUACGGAUACGGUGCACCACCACAGGCUCCGCAGCAGACAAAGAUGUCUUAUAGCCCGCAGACGGGAGAUGGGUAUCUACAACCUUCAGGGCCUCCUCCUCCUGCCGGUUAUGCCAAUGCCAUGUAUGAAGGUGGGCGGAUGCAAUACCCACCACCACCUCAGCCGCCGCAGCAGCAGCAUCAGCCGCAUUACCUGCAAGGUCCACAAGGUGGUGGGUACGCUCCACAGCAGCACCAGGCAGGUGGCGGUAACACUGGGGCACCACCGGUGUUGAGAUCAAAAUACGGUGAACUGAUAGAGAAGCUAGUGAGCAUGGGUUUUAGGGGAGACCAUGUAAUGGCCGUGAUACAGCGGAUGGAGGAGAGUGGCCAACCCAUCGACUUUAACGCACUCCUUGACAGAUUGAGUGUGCAGUCCUCGGGAGGGCCUCCCAGAGGAUGGUGAAGCCAUGGCACAUGCCUCCCUCUCUGCUUGUAUGUUGUUUCACAAUCAAAACUGCUUCCUCUCCCUUCUGCUUGCUUGAGUCUAUAGGCCCUAGUUUUAUUGGGCCCAAUAGAUUGGGUCUCUUGUGUAUUCUUGUGGUGGGACUCAGUUUAUGUUUACUUAAAAGGCUAUUUAUUUGUGUUUUCUUUAAUGAGUGUACCUCUCGUGAACCAAAUCUAUUACAUAUCUUGAAACUGCUUUUCUUUUGCUCAAUCUCUUACCUCACUUUGAAUUGGAUCGUCUACUUGUUUCAUAGCGAAG